GGAAGAAACAAAGCAGUACCUCAGAAAAACUUCCUCUUCUGUCCCCAGGGAAACUCAGGGAACUUUCUUAACCCACUGUAGCUUGAGCUGAAAAGGGCUGAGCCUACCGACAGGCAGCGCUCAACAGGCAGCUAAGGAGGGUGGCCGGAGAAGUUUGUGGUGGAAAUGAAAAUUACUAGCUAAGGGAAGACUUAUCCCCGUUGAUUAUCCAAACCAAUUAAAGAUGGUUUCCCUGUAAGUUAAGAUCUUUCUGUUGAAAAGAUUCACACACAUUCAGACGACGAGGAAAUCUUUUAAAGGAAUCUCCCCCUUAAUCAGAAGGCUCAAGUUUUAAAAGCAUCAGGUGUGGUGGCUCACGUCUUCCGUCUUGGCAUUUAGUUGGCUGAGACAGGAUGAUGUCUAUGAAUCCCAGGCAGGCCUGGGCUGGAGUGAAACCUGUCUCAAAAACCCAAACAAAACCCCAAACGAGGGAUGAGGAGAUAGCUCAGUGUGCAAGAACACUUGCAAUGCAAGCCCGAGACCCUUGAUUUGAAUUCCUAACACUCACAUGAGAAAGACAGCCACAUGCCUGUCAUCUCAGCAUUUUGGGUAGGGUGGGUAGACAGGCAGCUCUCAGGCUGACCUUGAACUUAAGAGAUAUGCCUGCCUCUGCCUCAGGCAUGGGCCAACAUACCAACUAAAGUACUAUAUAUUUUACAUAACAGUUUUUCUCGGAUUUAUCACUUUGAAGUAGCAUAUUUCAAAAGUUCUUAGUUUACUCAAGCCCAAUCUACCAGUUUUUAUUUUGAAUUAUGCUGUGUCCUAGCAAAAAAGAUUUUUGCUUAAGUCAAGGCCACAAAUCACAAAUAUUUUUUUAAUAGGUUUUCCAAAUUUUAUCAUUUUAGCCUUUACAUUCUUUAACUUCUUACUGUGGAACAUUUUCACAGCAUCUUUUUGUUUUAAUGAAAAAACGUCAAUAGAAUGCUUCUUGAUUUAGGUUUGCUACAUACUUCUUGCUAUUAGACGUAGGUUAUAAUUUUCCAGCUGACUCAUAUGUAAUGGAGUGUCCUCAAAGAGUCACACUGGAGACAUACUAAGUCUACUUUUUCCUCUUUGGCCAUGUUAAUUUUGAUCAGCUGAGAAAAGAAAAUACCCUAAAAAUCCAUGUCCAAGUUUACUUCCAUGGAUGAAGUCAUUACCUAGCACUAAGAGAUAUCACAAUAAACAUGGUAGUCCAGGGCUGUUUCUACAAAACAGGAACACUGAUCAAACAAAUAUUAUAAAUGUGAAAAGAAUUAUAAAGUGGAAAAAUCUAAAGUGCUUUUGGUGAAUGAUGGACUAUUUUCCUCCGUAGUAUCAGGAACAAGGCAAGGCUAUCCGCUUUACACCCGCCCCUCACCCCCAACUUUAAUUAUUUGUACAUAUUUAUGUCUAUGCAUGAGUGCAGAUGACCACAGAGGCCAGAAGCGGGUGUUUGUGAGUUACUCGUGUGGUUACUGGGAACCGAACUCAGGUCCUCUGCAAGAGCAGUAAGCAUUCUUCCUGCUGAGCCAUCUCUGCCCCUCCCCAUUUUACACUUUUUCUUCAACACUUCAUUGACAGUCUUAACUGGUUCACCAAGGCAAAAUGUAGAUCGAUAAUAAGAAAUACAAAAUAAAACUGUCUUUGCUAUCUACACAAAAUAGUCCAAAGAACCUACAAAGACCAACUAGAACUAACACAUGAACUUUAACAGGGCUAGGAGGCCAAUAUAGAAAGAAAAAAAACAAUUAUGUUUUUAUGCAUUUGCUAUAAAUAAUUAGAAACUGAACAGCAUAAAAUGAGUCAGGACUAGAAUGCGGCUCAGUGGGCUAAGACACUUGCUGCCAAGCCUGAGAACCUGAAUUCAAUGCCUAGUUACCCACAUGUUGGGGGAAAAGAUAGACUCCCUGAAUCGUCCUCUGAACUCUACUUGCACAUGUCCAAUCCCUCAAAUUAAAUUAAAAACUCUAGUCAAAAAUAUAAAUCACAAAAGCUCUAUAAAAAAUUUACAUUGGGGCCGGGCGGUGGUGGCGCAUGCCUUUAAUCCCAGCACUCGGGAGGCAGAGCAGGCGGAUCUCUGUGAGUUCGAGGCCAGCCUGGGCUACCAAGUGAGUUCCAGGAAAAAGGCGCAAAGCUACACAGAGAAACCCUGUCUCGAAAAAAAAAAAAAAAAAUUUACAUUGGAAAAUCUCAAAAGUAUUGCUGAGAAAAAUAAACAAAAAUCUCAACUAGCACAUACUCAUGACAUUUGUGAAUUAGAAGACACAGACAGAGGCCAGUUCAAAGGAAGCUGCUAAAGCUUAUGGGGAAAACAAACAGUGCCCAUGCAGUGACUUUACAACAGGGCCACAGUGCCCAUGCAGUGACUUUACAACAGGGCCACAGUGCCCAUGCAGUGACUUUACAACAGGGCCACAGUGCACAUGCAGUGACUUUAAAACAGGGCCACAGUGCCCAUGCAGUGACUUUAAAACAGGGCCACAGUGCCCAUGCAGUGACUUUAAAACAGGGCCGUGGUGCACAUGCAGUGACUUUAAAACAGGGCUGCAGUGCACAUGCAGUGACUUUACAACAGGGCCACAGUGCCCAUGCAGUGACUUUAAAACAGGGCUGCAGUGCACAUGCAGUGACUUUAAAACAGGGUUGCAGUGCACAUGCAGUGACUUUACAACAGGGUUGCAGUGCACAUGCAGUGACUUUAAAACAGGGCCGCAGUGCCCAUGCAGUGACUUUAAAACAGGGCCACAGUGCCCAUGCAGUGACUUUAAAACAGGGCCACAGUGCCCAUGCAGUGACUUUAAAACAGGGCCACAGUGCCCAUGCAGUGACUUUAAAACAGGGCCGCAGUGCCUAUGCAGUGACUUUAAAACAGGGCCGCAGUGCCCAUGCAGUGACUUUAAAGCAGGGCCACAGUGCCCAUGCAGUGACUUUAAAACAGGGCCACAGUGCCCAUGCAGUGACUUUAAAGCAGGGCCGCAGUGCCCAUGCAGUGACUUUAAAGCAGGGCCGCAGUGCCCAUGCAGUGACUUUAAAACAGGGCCGCAGUGCCCAUGCAGUGACUUUAAAACAGGGCCGCAGUGCACAUACAGUGACUUUAAAACAGGGCCGCAGUGCACAUGCAGUGACUUUAAAGCAGGGCCGCAGUGCACAUGCAGUGACUUUAAAGCAGGGCCGCAGUGCACAUGCAGUGACUUUAAAGCAGGGCCGCAGUACACAUGCAGUGACUUUAAAGCAGGGCCGCAGUGCACAUGCAGUGACUUUAAAACAGGGCCGCAGUGCCCAUGCAGUGACUUUAAAACAGGGCCGCAGUGCACAUGCAGUGACUUUAAAACAAGGCCGCAGUGCACAUGUAGUGACUUUAAAACAGGGCCGCAGUGCACAUGCAGUGACUUGAAAAAGAACAAAGUGAGAGACUAUUGCCACCAGUGUCAAGACAGAUACUGACUCAAGUUUACAUGUAUGUGUUUGCAGAGAACAAGGACAAGCUUGUCUUGUCUAAACAGUGGUGGGACUAAAAUGUCCUUAUGUAAAAAACUGAAUUAUAUUCACACAAUACACAAAAACCUUAAACUACACGGUGACAUCUAAAUAUAACAGCUCACUCUAUAAAAACCUGUCCUUUUGGUCUGGAGAAGGACUACUGGAAGCAUCAGUAGAGAUCAACAUAGAGGCAUGAAUCAUGAAAGAGAAAACCGAUGAGCUGGACUUGACCGAAAUUAGGAUGUAGCAUCACCUAGGACACAGCCUCGGGGCUAGCAGAGUGGGAAGACACACACUAACUGUGGGCAGCACAUUCCUGAACCAUCCCAUAGGUCAAGGCCCCGACUACAGAAAGAGAAAGCGGGCUGAGCAGUGACAGUCAUUGCUCUGCUUCCUGACUGCACAGGCCAUGUACCCUGAGCCUCAGGCUCUGGCUGCCAUCUUUCCUGCCAGGUACCUGCAAACUGUAGGCCAAAAUAAGCCCUUCUCUCCUUAGGGUGACUUGUCAGUUAUCUCUAUUACAGCAAAGACAAAAGUAACUAAUACAGACAGAAUGAAAGACAAGCCAAAGACUCUGAGAACAGAUUUGCAAACCACCUUGGAAAACGUACUUGGAUCUAGAAUAUAUGAAAGAACUCUUACAACCCAAUAAAUAAACCAACUGAAGACAUACAAAUGGCAAAACAGGCACACGAGAAGGCACUUAACAGCAUCAUUCACCAGGGAAAUACAUUCUAAACCCAAACAAUGUAUCUACAUACUUGUUAGACGACUGACAAGCUUUCACAGGGACUAAGACUCCCCAUGUCACAGUCCUCAAGAAGCAGCUAGAGACUUGGCUCAACAGUUUAGAGCUUGUGGAGCCGGUUCUCAGCACCCACAGCGGUGGCUCUCAACUGCCUGCAACUCCAGCUCCAAGGGAUUCAGUGACCUCCUCUGGCCUCCACUGGCACCUGCAGUCAUUCUCUUACAUAUAAAUAACAAGAAAAGUAGACAUUUAAAAAAAAUCUUCAAGCCACCUUGCUACCUUUAGGUACCUAUGUGCAGUGAAAUUAAAGGCACAGAUGCUAAAUAAAAAGAGAGAGAAACUUCAU